AUGGCCCUGUGUGCUUGGGCCGAGCUACUCCUGGGAGCGCUGCAGGUGAUGGCUCUGCCAGGGGCCCUCGCUGACAGUGCAAGUCCGGGGGAAUCUCUUGAUGUAAGGAAUCACGUGCUUCUGCAAAACUCCAGUGCCAAUUCCCCAGCAGAGAGUAUGCAAAACGUGCCUCACAACUCUACAUCUGAAUCUAACAGCAGCACCACUGUGAAACCAUCACCAACUCCAGUUUCCUUGGUCUCAAACAGUGUGACAGAUGUCACCUUCAAACCCAAAACUUCUAAAAUGGAAACACCAGAGUCCUCAACAAAUACAACUUCCAGCACUUCAAAGUCUAUACCCAAAGCAACAAGUAUUUCACAAAACGUAUUCCAGAUGUCAACAUCCACGAUGACCACAGCUCAUAAUAGUUUAGUGACAUCAUUAACCACACCUAGUCAUUUAAAUGGAAAAAUAUCAAAAUUUGACACUGGCAGCUUUGUUGGUGGUAUUGUAUUAACACUGGCAGUUUUAUCUAUUCUUUACAUUGGUUGCAAAAUCUAUUAUUCAAGAAGAGGCAUCUGAUAUAGACCCAUUG